CUGUUCAUUGUGCCCCGCAUUGCCAUUGCCAACGCAUGCAGCAUUGCAGGCGUUCAGUCCCAGCGGGCAUUGAUGAGGAAGGAAGGGUAGCUUCUGAACAGCAACUUUGAUAUUUUUGUGAGAGGGAUGGCAUCUGAGGAUGAGAGGAAUGGUGGUGCAGUGGGCCCAGAACCACCACAGAAGUCCAGCCACGGAAAGGCAUCAGAUUCAGCGUUGCGUAAGAAGAAAGGAAGUAGCCACCAUGCGGAGCUAGAAAGCGGAAAGUUUGAAGAGAAUAGCAGAAAGAAGUCUUCGGCAGGGAAGGUGAAGAAGAGGAAGCAUGAAGCAAAUGGGAAAGAUACGACGGAAGCGGUGGGUGACCAUGAAAAGAAACACAAAACGCCCGUAGAAGAUAGUCAGAAGGUUAGGAAAAGUCCUGACACCAGCAGGGGGCCUCGACAUCAUGUAAGCGAAGGGGAGGCUAGUGGUGGCAAAGUUGCAAAGGAUAAGAAGAAGAAAGAGGCGAAAAACCUGAAACAAAAAGCGGUCAAGAAUGCAGCAGAGGUUGCCACCAAGCCGGAUACUCAGAGCACGGGUCAUCAAGGAAGGGACUGGACGGUGUCGAUCGCAGUCGCUGGGUCUAUCGUGGACAACGCGCAGUCGCUUGAGUUAGCCACCGCUCUGGCGGGCCAGAUUGCUCGAGCUGCGGCCAUCUUCUGCGUCGAUGAGGUGGUUGUAUUUGAAGACGGCGACGAUGACCCUGGCCGUCGGGCUCCCCGGUGGCGCCGGGGCGAGGCGGGCGAUAGUGGGGCAGUGUUUCUAGCCAGGCUGCUGCAGUACUGCGAAACUCCGCAAUACCUGCGACGGCACCUUAUUCCCAUGCACCCAGACCUGCGGACAGCAGGUUUGCUGGCCCCUCUGGACGCUCCGCACCACGCGCGGGCUCACGAAUGGAUCCCCUAUCGUGAAGGGGUGGUGGUCGUGAAACCGAGCGCCGGAGGCAAAGCCAGCGGGGGCAGCGGCGCCCUCGUCAACGUGGGGCUGCAAAAAGAGGUUCGCAUCGCGCAGUCCCUUGAGGCGGGCCUGCGGGUCACAAUGGCUAUGGGCGACUCGCGAGAAGCGCUGGACGCGGGGCGGCCGCUGAGUGCCGUGUCUCCGUCGGAGCCCCGCGAGCGGCUGGGGCUGUACUGGGGCUACACCGUCCGCCUCGCCAAAGGCCUCAGCGGCGUGCUCGCAGAAUGCCCCUACGCGGCAGGCUACGACUACACGCUGGGGACGUCCGAGCACGGAGAAAAGCUCCAGAGCACGGAAUUGACACUGCCCGCCUUCAAGCACUUGCUGAUUGUGUUCGGGGGUUUGGCCGGGCUCGAGGAGAGCACCGAACUGGAUGGCGAUAUCGAAGUGAAGGACACGGCGGCGCUGUUCGACAGGUACCUCAACACGUGCUCCGGCCAGGGCAGCCGCACCAUCCGCACAGAGGAGGCGCUGCUGAUUAGCCUGACGUUUCUUCACGAGCCCAUCCAAAGAGCGGUUGGCAAAUAGUAAGAACCCCACAGGACGAGAUCUGCAAAGAGCUCAGGCGGCGCGCCGCCUGCUUGUUGACCGGGAAGCAUAGCUGUAGGGUCGGUUAACCGGGAACAUGAGGGCAGCUGUCAAGGUACCCCGGAAAAAUACCAUCCUUAACUUGUUAGUGUCAGCGCAAAGAAGGGCGCUCGAGGACGCCAUGCGUCAACUGCGGACAACGCAUGCAGGCUCUCAAUCACAAUGCUAAUUUGAUGCUACAAUCAACGCCACUGACUGACUAAACGUGAACAUGCAUAUUGUCGCGAAUUAGUAUUUCGAUGGAGUUUUGUUGAAGGCCGGUGCGGUACCCCGGCAUGACGUGAC